UUGGACCAAAGAGUCCCAACCCCUUGAACCUGUGGCACAGAAUAGUUUGGAUCAGUGCAGUGUUCUGGAGCAAAGCGUCCAGCACCAGACCUCCAGGGUUGGUAAAGGUGCUUUCACUCUCUGUUUCCAGGGACAGUGAGUCAGGCUACUACCGGGUGUUGUCCCAUUACUACCCUGAGGACUCAGAGAAGCUGCCGGUGAGAGCCAGCAGCUUGGUCUUUGUGCUGACAAGAGGAGGGGAUGGCUGGGCUACAGCCAUACAUGAUGGACAGAAGCUGCGCAUUCCCAGCUCUCUCCUGGAGCCUGCCUCAAAGAUGGAUAAAUGGAAGGUCAGUGAUGGGAUUCCUCUCCCUCCUGCCCAGGUGCCUCCCAGCAGACUCCACGCGCAGCAGAAGCCAGAAUCUCCUGGGGGAGAAAAUGCCCCUGAAAAUGGUGCUGGUGCUGAAAUGGACUCCAGGAUCCCAGCGACCUGCGGGGACGCUUCCCCCAGCACAGCCAGGCCCGUGGUGCUGCGGGCGUGCUGUGAGUGCACCGUGGUGCUGAGGGCCAGCACGGUGCCGGCGCUGCAGGACCUGCGGGCACUGCUGCAGGAGCGCCUGGGGCAGCAGGCACAGCGAGGGAGGCUCAGCUACAGGAAUUCAGAUGGCAAAGAACUGGGAGCAGUUUUGGGAGAGGAGGAUCUCGGGAGAAUGUGGCAGCAGCUGACGGAUGGCAGGCUGGUGCUGUGCUGCCAGGACUCAGAGUCGCACUCGGGCAGACCCAUCCUCUACCAGAUGCUGGCUCAGCACUCCUACCCUGCACAGGGACCAGGGGACCUGGACUUCAGCAAGGGAGAUGUACUGGAUGUUCUUUCUGAAGGUAGCUCCCGAGUCCUGUCUACAGGCUUUUACUGGGGCAGGCUUUGA